AUGUCUGUCUCAAUGGAUUUCGAGCAACGAAUGCGGAGAUACAAGGUAAGAAUCCAUCCAUCUGAACCCGGGAGAAGCGAUGCAUAUAUUGCAUCCACUCAACAACAACAUAUGAUCGACUCGAUGAAAUAUGACCAACGAGUGAAUGGCGGAGUUCCUUCUAUCAAUAUGAACGACUGGAAUCAACCUUACUCGGCUUCGCCGCCUUCGUCUAGAAAUGGCGAAGAUGACGGUUCUUCUGUGACGCAUUCGAGACCACGUCGAAGCCGGUUGGACAAAGACCUUCCACAGACACGCGGCCCAAUGAUAAUCCAACCUGCUCACCAGAAUUCACGAAAAAGUAACCGACAAGGAAAUGGAAACAUUAAUAUGUCUAAUGGAGGGGCGAGAACUCAUAACUCUACUUUUAAUGGUUAUGAUAUGUCAUACAAAAGAUAUCACCAUAAUUCAUCCCGUGGCGCUAACGAAAGUUUCUCUGCAAUUUAUCCUCAAUCCCGGAAUGUUUCUGGUUAUGCCAGUGAUUAUAUGAGCAGUCGUAUGGGAGGGGGAUUAAUGCCAAACGAGCCAAGAAGGCCAAGGUCAAUUGCUGCUGAAAAGUAUAGUACUCUAGCGAGAAACCACUUCGGUGGUUAUGAAACUGGCGAAUCUGGAAAUAAUUCGGAAGAAAUUGAUGAUGAAGAGGGAGAAGAUGAAGAGAUGAGAGGGUACAAUAUGGAAGCAAGGCGAGCACAAGGUUCAAGGAGUGUUACCAACGCGUUACCAGUUGAACGCUACAACGAAGAAGAUGAAACAUAUUACUACGGAGUUGUGAACCUUGGUUCCCAAAUAGUUGAUUAUGUCUUACGAAUGAUGCCACCUCCUGAAGAGUAUUAUCGGUUCAAGCCGAUCGAACGAGUUGCAUAUAUUUAUUACUGUACCGUUUACAAGAAACCGUUUCACAAUUUGAAACAGUUUCGCAAUAUGUUCAACAAGAAGUACUGGAAUCAUAUUUGUGAUGGUGACUCUGAAGAAAAAGCUCUUUCCAAGGUUUGUAAAUCUAUGCAAGACCAGUACACUCAACGGCAAAUUGAUGCUUCUCGCAUUGCCUACGAAAAACAACAAAAAGAAGAGGCUGAAAGUCAGAAACUUGACUUUAAUCAACACCGUAUCGAUGAGCCAGAAGAACAAAAAUAUAUGAUUUCUCAGCCAGAAGACGUUUUAAGCAACGGACCUCUUCAUUAUCAUUCUUGUCUUCAAUUCGCUUCAAUUGGUGUUGGUGGAAAGCUUGUGAUCAUUCGCCCGGCAGGAACUGCUGAUCCAAUAUCUGGCCAUAUUCUCAGUACUACGAGUGUUCAUGUUGAUGAUUUGCGAAGUUUGCUUCAUUUUGAUGAACAAUCUGCAAAAGUUAUAGAAUCUGUGCAAAACUUCAAAGGUCCACUGAUCGCCGGACAGACACCAUCGCAUUCUGUUCGCCUUUAUAUUCAACGUCAAAUUGAUGCACUUCGAUCAAUGCGUAAUUCUGAAGAUGUGAAAAAAACUGAAGUUGUGGAUGCGCUUUUGAUUUGGCAGUUGCUGGAAAUUAUGGUUCAACAACAGGGAAGAGUCAAUGGACCUGAUAUUGCUGCUUUGUUGACGAAUGCAUCGGAAGAGCUUGCUGAGAAAACAGGAAUUUCCGAAGUUUCAGAUGUUACUCACAAAUCGGAUGCUAAAGAACGGUUCAAUAAAUUCCUUCUCGGUGGUCACAUAAAUGAGGCUGUAGAAAGUGCAAUUUCUGAUGGACUGUAUGCUGAUGCUAUGACUUUAAUUCGUAGAUUACAUCCGAACGAUGCCAAGAAAAUUGAAGAAAUCGAGACACGCUUCAUGAAUCUUCGGUCAAUUGAUGAUCCGUUUGCUACACUUGUCGCGGUUGCUAAUGAUCAGUUACCUCCGAUUCUCACUAAUUCGGCAUUUGAUGACGAGAACAAUUGGAAACGACACGCUGCGAUUGUUUUAGCUAACCUCAGCUCAGAGGCAGCUAUGCUAACAAUUUACCGACUUGGUUUGCUUCUGGCUAGAAGAAAACGAAACUGUGCUGCCGAUUUCUGUCUUCUUGUAGUUUGUGUUCUUACCGGUUACGAUUCAUUCAGUCUACCGGCAACAUCUGAUACCGAGGGGCAAGAAAGAUCACGAGAACAUAUUGGAUUAGUUCACAGUGGUUCCGAGUUACUGAAUCGAGUGGACGGACUGUCGGGAACUGCUGGUUUCUCAUUCACUGACCUUCAUGCUACUGACAUCUUUGACUACGCUCUCCGACUAGGAAAUGGCAACACCAACUCACCAUUGGCGAAAUCGGUUGACUAUCAGAUGGCACGUAUCGAAUACGCAAAGAAGCUAGCUUCUUAUGGUGGAUUCGCUACAGAUGCUUUCAGAUACUGUACAGAAGUAGCGAGAUCUUUGUGGGUGUAUAUUAAUGCAUUCGAUAGAAACUCUAUGUUCGAUCUGUGUGACUUAGCAGAAAGUCUCCAACAUGUCGCUGCAACAACAACAGCUGAAAUCGAAUGGAUUACAUCUAUGAGAAUGAUGUUGAAUGAAGUUCCACAGCCUGUGAAUGAAGUUCAAGAAGAGCAAUUGCCUUCUAUGAAAGACCAUUCCCUCGCUUCGGAAGCUCAAAAAUGGCACGAUGAACAUCAAGCACCUAUUGAGAUUUCGAAGAAAAUGGUUUCUCAGUACCAAGAUGAAUCUGUUCCUGCGUAUGCUCCCACAUCUGCGCCACCAGUUCAAGAGAGCUAUCGACAGCCAGCUGUAGUGCAGCAACUACAAAAUCCGAUUCAGAAUUAUGGUGGAGCACCGAAGAAUCCUAUUCAAACUUCUAUGCAUCCAUCUACCAUAACAUCAUCGGAAUCUUCUUACGAGUCUACUCUAACAGCCACUUCUGUUUCAACAGAUUCUGUUACUAUAUCGACGUCCAGAACAUCUACUAUCACUGAUUCAGCCCCAACACCAGCACCACCAAGAAGAGUAGAACAACCUGUUUUAACUCCAACUCCAGUAAUGAAGUCGUUUGCUCCAGAGAUGACUCUACCACCACCGGUUGAUAUUCCAUUACCACCAAUCUCUUCAUCAUUCCCUCCUCAAAUGACUCCUCCCAUUCGUACGCCCGUGACUCAAACACAACCUACGGCUACACCAACUCAACCGAUAUCUAUUGCUAGUAAAGUUGAUGCUGAUGUUGCGAAAAGUCCAAGAACAGAGCUAGAAGAUGUAUGGGGUACUGCAGCUCCCUCGUACACUCAACCUUCGUUUCAACCUGCUCCAAUCGUACCAACAGCGGUGCCUCCGACUGCAAUGGCGCCACCGGCUGUGUCCUCCGCUCCAACGAUUAUGCAGCCAACACAUGGCCAACCUUCAGUGCCGAAUCCGAAGACGACAGCACCUCCAACGCCACAAAAACCAGCGGUCCCAGCUAUGAAAGUCGAUCAGAACGGUUCUGGAGGAUGGUUUGGAUCGAUUAAAAACAAAAUAAUCAAAUCGAUUCCAUCAUCUAAUGCAAUGAUUCUUCCAGAUGACAAAAAACCAUCGAUUGUCUGGGACCCGGUAAAGCAGAAAUACGUGGGUGCUGGAGUCGAAGAAGAAGUGGUCGCUCCUCCGCCACCAGUGAUGUCUGCUCCUCAUCUGAUGGGUGGAGGUGCGGAUUCCAACAAAUCAAGUACUAAUAGUCUCCGGAAUGCAAGAAGUGGAGUUGGAUCACGGUAUCUACAAGCAGGAAUGGCUACAAGUCAAGCGCCAGCCAUGAACACUGGAAUGCCAUCGAUGAUGCCUCCAACGAUGCCAAUUCCAACAUCGUUUAGUUUCAUGCCUUCAGCAACUGAUGAUGAUUCUUCCGAAUACGUGGAUCCAUUUAGCGGUGAAGCUAAUCCAACGCUGCCAUCGGAGUCUGGCUCAAUACCAAAUGUUCAGUAA